GCACUGGCUACCACCACUAUAAACUACCUAUAUGCGCACCCCUGGCAAUGUAUCAUUCUAGGUUUUACUGUGAUUAAUCUUACAUCUUCAUAUAGCGUGUUUCUUUUUCAACUUCGUACUUACGCACUUAAUACAGUACGCCUUUCACUUGACUUAAAAAGGUGUGAUGAGAGAUUGCAGUUUUAAUCGGAGCUCAUUCAUACUUUGUUAUAUAAGCUGUCUUUUUUACGGUCCACGAGCUCAAAGCCUUCUUGAUAUUCCUACUGCGUUUCUUGCUCGAAAACUAUGUCUCCAACUCCUCCCAGUAGCCAAUACGCGCUCAACGACGCUGUCUUUUCCACUCCAUCCUUACCACCUCCACCUCAAUCCACUUUGCCUUGUGGUCGCCCGCGCCGCGCCUCUAUGACACCCGGCAUGCCAACGGAAACGUGGUACUCCGACAAAUAUAACCCAACGCAGUAUCCGUUGCAUAACUAUUGCAUCAACUGCUCUACGCAGUUUGUAGCAGACCACACCUAUAAGCGGCACCUAGUUGAUGUCCACAAAGUGCGGUUCGAGCCAGUCAAGCCUGGUCCUAAAAAGACGAUAUCUGGAACGCUACGUAUCUUGAACAAGAGGCAAAAUGAAAGGAAGCGCGCUCUUGCCAAAUCGCUGGUAUACAAGGGGCAAAGGCGGGACGAAGCUGCGAAAAAGUACCUGAACAAGCUCGUUUCGUUGAUCGGUGCAGAAAGUUGGCAUCACGCGUACCUCAAAAUGUUUGAACAUAUUGAUGCUACAAUCGAUCAAAUUGAAAACGAGCCGACCAUUGCUGAAAGCCGUAAGAAGUUUGGUGACUGCUGGAAGUACGCCGUGUACAAACUAUGUGCCCUAGAAGGACGGUCAGUGUUUGACCCAACAUACGAACACUUCUUUGGCAACUUGUUCAUGGAAGAUGCGUAUGAUGCCUACAGUCAACUGUCGGGCAGGGAUACGCUGAGCGUCAACGAUGCGGUCAGAAAUGCAUUGAGUGACAGGGCGCCCAAGUUUUUAGCCAACUAUGGCCCCAAGUUCCGCGCUUUCCGGUGGAUUGGCAACCCCUUGUUGAUGCGCGCCACUUCUGACUGUGGUAUCGAGCGAGGAAACGCCACUGACGAUGACGAUCACGGCGACGGCGACCGCGUGUCGUAUUCCAAUAUAUUACGCGAGUCAAGAGAGAAGGAGUGGGCCAGACUCUUGUACAAGCGGCACCCGGCCAGCUUAGAGGCAGGAGAAGGAGUAGGAGGAGAGGGAGAAACGGAGGAAGAUUGCAGCACUGGUAUUGAGCAGAGUGACGGGUAUAUUAGUGAUGAUGAUGGAGGAUUGGAGAGAAGAGAAAAAGACUUUAUGUUCUAGAUGCACAUUUUAAAACUAUCUACAUCAUCUUUUACUGGCUUUCAUAUACAAUCGAUUCUCUUCGUCUCCCGCCCUUGGGGGAACCGAAUGACAAACGGUAAAAGCUAAAUAAUGCUACUCAGUACGUUUCAUGAAAAGAUAGCCCUCAAACCAACAGCAGUAAGUGCUAGCGCUAGAAUACAAUCAAUCGCUUUAUCCAUAAUGAUUUCCGUUUACCUAAUU